CCCCCGGUUGGGAGCUGGAGUUAGGCCUGCGAGCCGGUGCAUGGCUGGAAGCAUUGUCAUUUUUGGGAGCAGGACUUGUUCUGUGCCUCUUGUGUGCCCUUGCUCUGACUUUGUGUUGUACUGGGGAGCUGUGGUUCCCAGGAUAUUUUUGUAUGCAUUCAUUAGAUAAUACAAGCCUGAUUGGAUAAGAAACUUAAGGAGGUGCUGGGGACCAGACAUUGUUCAGUUCCCUGUACAACACACUGGCACAGCAGCUUCCCAGGGAGCCAAUGGAGUGGAGGAGGUCUUAUGGGCGUGCACCAAAGAUGAUUCACCUGGAGGCCAACUUUGUCCAGUUCAAAGAAGAACUGCUUCCCAAAGAGGGAAACAGAGCCCUCCUCACAUUCCCGUUCCUGCACAUGUACUGGACCGACUGCUGUGACACUGAAGUGUACAAGUCCUCAGUGAAGGAGGACAUGGUGCGCUGGCAGGGCCUGCUGCGACUGCACGGCUCGGCCGACUGGCUCAUCGUCGUGGUGGAGAACGACGGCAAGAAGAAGAACAAGACCAACAUCCUGCCCCGCACCUCCAUCAUGGACAAGAUCCGCAACGACUUCUGCAACAAACAGAGUGACAGGUGCGUGGUUCUGUCGGACCCGCUGAAGGACUCGUCCCGGGCGCAGGAGUCCUGGAGCGCGUUCCUGACCAAGCUGCGCACGCUGCUGCUCAUGUCCUUCACCAAGAACCUUGGCAAGUUUGAGGAUGACAUGCGAACGCUGCGGGAGAAGCGCACCGAGCCCGGCUGGAGCUUCUGCGACUACUUCAUGGUGCAGGAGGAGCUGGCGUUCGUGUUUGAGAUGCUGCAGCAGUUUGAAGACGCUCUGGUUCAGUACGAUGAGCUGGACGCUCUCUUCACUCAGUAUGUACUCAACUUUGGGGUCGGAGACGGGGCUAACUGGCUGGGCUCGUUCUGCGCGCCGGUGUGCGGCUGGAACGGGCUGGUGCUGCGCAGGCCCAUAGACAUGGAGAAGAGGGAUCAGAUCCAGAGGGGGCAGGCCAGCCUGCUGGAUCUGCGCAGCUACCUGUUCUCCCGCCAGUGCACGCUGCUCAUCUUCCUGCAGAGGCCCUGGGAGGUGACGCAGCGCGCCCUGGAGCUGCUGCACAACUGUGUGCAGGAGCUGCGCCUGCUGGAGGUGUCUGUGCUGCAGGGGGCGCUAGACUGCUGGGUUUUCCUCAGCUGCCUGGAGGUGCUGCAGAGAAUCGAGGGGUGCUGCGAACAAGCACAGCUGGAGGCCAACUGCACACACACCGUGGGCCUGUGGGCCUACGCCACAGAGAAGCUGAAGUCUCUGGGCUCCUUGUGUGGUCUGGUGUCAACAAACGGGCCGAACUCUGAGGACCUCAACAGAACUGUGGACCUGCUGGCUGGACUGGGCACAGAAAGGCCCGAAACAGCCAGCAGUCUGCAGAGCCCCUACAAAAAAUUGAAAGAAGCCUUAUCUUCUGUGGAAGCUUUUGAAAAGCACUAUCUGGAGCUCUCCCAUUCAGCGAUGGAGAUGUACAGAGCCAUAGGCCGGAUGCGGUCGGCGCGUCUGCUGGGCAAGAGCCUGGCAGAGUUCUACAUGAGAAAGGGAGAUCCCCAGCAUGCUGAGGCCUUCCUGCAGGACUCCCUGUUCUCCUAUGUAUCAGAGGGCUGGGCCCUGCCUGUCACUCACACCCGGAAGCAGAUCGCAGAGUGCCAGAAGCAGCUCAGCCGCACCGAGGAGUACCUGCAGACGAGCGCCCUGCUGGCGGGUGACGAGCACCUGCCGGACGAGGAGAGGAAACACUUCUGCCAAGAGAUCCUCACCUUCGCCAGCCACGCCCCCGACAACCAGGUGCAGAAGGUGGUCCUGACCAUGAGCGCGUUCGCGCAGCUGCAGCAGCUGCAGUUCCGGCCAGCUGCGGCGGUGGUUCAUGUGGGCGCGGCCCUGCAGCUGGAGCUGCGUCUGCGCAGCCUGAUGCCCGUCGCCGUGCGGCUGGAGCAGCUGGCCGCCAGCGUGCACUUCAGCCUGGAGAAGGGCGGAGCCCGGGGGCGGGCCUCCGGGGCGGGGGGCGGGGCUGGCAGGCCGCGGGCCGGCCCGGGGGCGGGGGCAGGGCAGGACGGCCCCAGCGGGACGGUGCUGUUCCCCAGGGGAGGGGAGAGCUGGUGCGGGGCCCUUCCUCGGCCCUCGGCCCAGCCCCUGGAGCUGCACGAGAUGCAGGACCGGAGCCCCUCCGACGGCGCCCUCAACUCGACGGGCGUGGUCUGCAAGAACGUGCACCUGCUGCUGCGCAGGCAGGACAGCUCCGCCUCCCUGGACACGCCCAACUCCAGCUCCGGCCCUGUCUCCAUGGAGGAAGGCGCCCAGCUUCUGAAGACUGACGAUGUCACGCUGUUGCCCGGCAACAACAGCAUCCUUUUUACUGCGCCCAGUGGAGAGCCGGGUACCUACACUUUGAGGCAGCUGUGUGCCACAGUGGGACGGGUGCAGUUCGUCCUGCCCCAUAUCUACCCCAUUGUGCAGUACGAGGUGUACUCUCAGGAGCCCCAGCUCACCAUCCAGCCCCUCGCAGAUAACCUGUUGGCAGGUCUCCCACAGAAGGUGAAGUUCACCAUCGUUACGGGUCACUACAGCAUCAAGAAGGGCGACGCCCUGCAGCUGAGCAACACGGACACCAUGCCCAUCCUGCACUCCUCUUCCUGCCCCGCCCACAUCUUCUCCAGCUCUGGAGACCCUGUGGGUGAGAGUGUUCUGUCGAUCCAGUCCUCUGAGAAGGUGACCAGCAUGUCCCUGCCCCCCACCCCUCCAUACCACACCCUGGAGUUCCAGCUGGAGGUUCUGUGCCACAUCCCCUCGGCCCCGCCCCGGCCAGAGAACGAGAGGCUCACCAACGGCCAACUCCACCUCCGAACCAAGAGUGGUAACCACACCAGCGCUGGCAUGGCAACCAUCGAUCAGAAGAUUUCCAUCGACUGUCCCUGGUCAAUUUACUCCACACUGGUAGCACUGACGUUCCACAUCCCCUUUAAAGCCAAACACUCACUGCUGUCAGCUGGAAAGAGGAAGUACAUCCAGGUGUGUGUGCAGAAUGUUUCUGAGAUGAACUUCCACUUGCUGGAGGAGAAACUGGAAGAGCGCCACCAAGUGGCCAAACUUGAACUCCGGUCUCUGAACAGUAAAACAAAGAAGGUGCUGUACAGCGGGCAGUCCCUGUACUGUCUGUGGGAGAUGGUUUGGGCCAGCGAGCCACCGCCCUGCCUGCAGUGCGUGUUCUCCGUCAGCUUCACCCCAGAUGUGGAGGGAGACUCCACCUCCACGCCGUACCGCUACGAUUUCCAGCUGGAGAGCAUUUCUACGCUGUACAGUGUAAGAGCAGAGAUCACGCCCUCGCCUGGAGAGGAGCACUGCCACACUGGCGCCCUCUGUAGGCUGGAGGUGUGUAUUACAAGGCUGGCAGAACUGAGUGAGGCCGAGCGGGAGGAUGGGACGCUGACAGAGAGCGACGGGCUCUGCACCACCAAGCUCAUGUAUGAAGUUGUAGAUAACAGCAGUAACUGGGCGGUGUGUGGUAAGAGUUCUGGCCUGGUCUCCAUGCCCGUGGCUGCGAGCGCCACACACAAGGUGCAGAUGGAGGUGAUGCCCCUGUUCGCUGGGAACCUGCCCUCCCCCAAAAUCAAGCUCUUUAAAUACCUGCCCCACUACGCUGUACCCGCUAUCCAAACUGAGACAGACGGCUGCAUAGAGAAUGAUAACAUCUCUCUGCUGGAUGAGCAGGCGGAGACGGGCAGUAUUCGGAGCAGGGGCAGCGUGCAGUCCCUAGGGGGCGCUGAGCCGCAGCGGGGCCUCCCCAUGCCCCGCCUGGAGCCUUUUGGAGCGGGACAGGUGUUCUGCUGCAGCCAGGGACAGCAGGUGCUGGUGCUGCCCAGCACGGACCAUCACGUGCUGGAGGUCAACGUCACAUGACCCCGCCUCCCGGCCCGUUCGCCUGGCCCCGCCUGGCCCUGACCCGCCCCCGGACCACAGGGGCGUGGCCCAGAACCGGGUGCGAGGGUAUUAUGCUCUCCCCCCCCCUCCCCCCGGACUUGCGGGAGGGGGGCCGGUGGUUCGGCUAGCCCGGGUGUGAUACAGGUGUGGGCGUGACAUGAACAUGAGGUCACAUCCUCCUUUUGUCCUCAUGUGACGAGAUUUCUAUUCUCCUCUUCAUCUUUCACCAGACUGCAACAUUUCUCUCUUUCUCUCUCUCCACCUCCUUUACUCCCUCUCUCUCUCUCCCCCUCUUUCGAGUUGCAGCUCUGCUUGUCUCCCCUGGACACUGUCCCAGGAUGCACUGCUUUCACUCAACUGCUGUCUGCGGUGCACGUGUGUGCAUGUGCACUUGUGUGUGUGUGUGUGUGCGAGGGAGAUGGAGAGAGAGAGAGGCGUGCGCGUAUGUCGCAGGAGGGAGGUGUGUCUGUCUGUCCUGCUGUAACGUGUCUGUCUGACUGUACAGAGGUGAGCUGCUGCCCGCCUGCCCUCUCCCCCCAUAUUACAGCCCUGUACAUACUGUUAUAUACAUAGAUACUAUUUAAAGAGUUUAAAAAUGAGAAAACAAUCACUGGACUGUCUGUGGGUUUCUCCAGUGGAGGCCCUUUUAAAUGGCGGGGGGGGGGAUUAAACCGACCAAUCAGAUUCUGGGUCUUAAUUCUGCUGAAGUGAGUCACUCUAUGGAACCUCCUGAGGGAAGCAUUCUUUUCCAGCCAAUCAACUUUCUUUCCUGUUAUUUUUUUUAAUUGUAUACUUUUCUCCCCAUUCAUAUUCCUUUCUGUUCGUUGUGGAUGUGGAGUGUUUAGCUCUUUGGAUGGCCCUGGUUAGAUUUAACCCUCACAGUCCCUCAAAAACAAAAUGGAAUAUAUUGUAAAUGCGCACAAAACUUAAAUAUGUUUCACAGCAGUGUAUUUUAAAUAUUAUAUAUACUGCGGUAUCUGAUGGCGGCAAUAUUUUUGUAUAUUUGCCUUUAUAUUAUGCAGUGUUGCAAUAUGUUAAUGUUUUAUUUCAGUAUAUUUUCACUAUAUUCCAUUUCCCUUAGGGGUGGGACUUGAGUGUGUGAGACAGUGUUUAUAGUGCAAUGGCACUGGACUGCGUGUGUGCGUGUGCAUGUGUUUGAGUUCAGAGGGAAGGUAAUGAAAUGACUCCUAGAUUAGGGAUAUCAUGGUGGGAAGUGUGUUGUCAUUUAAUGACAGACAAGAGUUAAAAUCCUGCAGAUUACUGUGCUUUAAAUUAAUCAUCUAUUGGCAGUCAUUUUCAGAACAGUAUUCUUUCAUACAUAUUAUUGUAUGUUAUGGUUUAGUGACAUUCAUUGAACAUUGUUUGCGACUUGGCUGCAUUACAAGGAAUGUUUCCUAUUUUCUGCCAGCAUGUAUACUGUUAAAGUAUUUCUGGGGAGAGACAGCAAUGAGGGGGCGUGAAUGAUCUGGGCAUGUAUGCCACUGUAUGUGUGUACGCUGAAGCUGGAGUUUAGUCAUGAGUGUCCUCCAGGGCCAAGGGCAGCCAGUGAAACUGUGCCCGUGUCCAGCGUAGUCUGGAGAAACUGUCAAGACCCAGAUGUGUGUGUGUGUGUGUGCGUGUGUGAGAGAGAGAGAGGUUGUAUAGGAGCCUGUGAAGGCCUCAGAGCCUGAGGCUGUGUGUGUGCGUGUGCGUGCGUGCGUGCGUGCGUGCGUGCGUGCGCGUGCGUUACGAGCACACCCUGAUGACACCGCUCGCUCUGCUGGUGAUGACUCUUCCUCCUUGUUUAGUGUGUUCACUGGAGGGAGGCCCCCCUUAAUGUGCUUCACGGUCCAUCUCGGUCCUCCUCGCUCUGCAGACGUGCUUUAGCGCGGGUGUGUUCUCUUACUGUGAAGUCUUAGUUCCUGUGCUCAGGGGACCGGCUCCGGUCUGUUUCACAGCCUGCAGGGGGCUUUUCGCACUGUAGCGGUCGUGUGGACCGGUCUGCAGGGGGGCCUGUCACACUAUCGGUGGUGCGGACCGGGCUGCAGGGGGCUUGUCGCACUGUAUCGGUGGUGUGGACCGGGCUGCAGGGGGCUUGUCGCACUGCUAUCGGUGGUGUGGACCGGUCCUUAUCGGUUGUGUGGACUGGUCUGCAGGGGGCUUGUUGCACUGUAUUGGUGGUGUGGACCGGUCUGUAUCGGUUGUGUGGACUGGUCUGCAGGGGGCUUGUUGCACUGUAUCGGUUGUGUGGACCGGUCUGUAUCGGUUGUGUGGACCGGUCUGUAUCGGUGGUGUGGACCGGUCUGUAUCGGUGGUGUGGACCGGUCUGUAUCGGUUGUGUGGACUGGUCUGCAGGGGGCUUGUUGCACUGUAUCGGUUGUGUGGACCGGUCUGUAUCGGUUGUGUGGACCGGUCUGUAUCGGUGGUGUGGACCGGUCUGUAUCGGUUGUGUGGACCGGUCUGUAUCGGUUGUGUGGACCGGUCUGUAUCGGUUGUGUGGACCGGUCUGUAUCGGUGGUGUGGACCGGUCUGUAUCGGUUGUGUGGACCGGUCUGUAUCGGUUGUGUGGACCGGUCUGUAUCGGUUGUGUGGACCGGUCUGUAUCGGUGGUGUGGACUGGUCUGUAUCGGUUGUGUGGACCGGUCUGUAUCGGUGGUGUGGACCGGUCUGUAUCGGUUGUGUGGCCCGGUCUGUAUCGGUUGUGUGGACCGGUCUGUAUCGAUGGUGUGGACCGGUCUGUAUCGGUGGUGUGGACCGGUCUGCAGGGGGCUUGUUGCACUGCUAUCGGUGGUGUGGACCGGGCUGCAGGGGGGGUUCGCACUGUAUCGGUGGUGUGGACCGGUCUGUAUCGGUGGUGUGGACUGGUCUGUAUCGGUGGUGUGGACCGGUCUGCAGGGGGCUUGUUGCACUGCUAUCGGUGGUGUGGACCGGGCUGCAGGGGGGGUUCGCACUGUAUCGGUGGUGUGGACCGGUCUGUAUCGGUGGUGUGGACUGGUCUGUAUCGGUGGUGUGGACUGGUCUGUAUCGGUUGUGUGGACCGGUCUGUAUCGGUUGUGUGGACUGGUCUGCAGCGGAUCCUUUGUAAAUGGGCUCUGAGGGUUUUUACACGUCGUGUGCAAUCAGUUCUUUUUGUUCCUGUGUGUGACCAUCUUUUCUUUCUUUUUUAUGUAAACAUCACUUCACUGUUUGGAGGCUGGGAGGGAUGGAGCCUUUUGUGACGAGCUUAAAAGAUAACUUGAGUUUUCACAGUUUAAGGGGUGGACAAACCGUAUUUUCACAGUUUUGUAAAUUAUUCUAGUAGAUUACAGCACCUCAGAUUGUGUAAUUAUUUAAACAAAGAAUACUGUACGCAUUAUACAGUGGAAUAUAUACCUAUGUUUUAAAAUG